AUGUCUCAAAACUUGUCUCAAAACUUUUCUCAAUCUAUGAAUAUAGAUAUAAUUGAAGACAUCAAUGAUUCUAAAAAAAUAAAAGAAUUAUAUCCAAAAAUAUUAUAUCUUUUGGGUACUGUCUUUGCUAAUGAAAUUGAAAAAAAUGAUGAAAAUGCAUUUAAAUAUUUUUUAACUUCAGCUCAAUUUGGAGUUCCAGACGGAAUGUUUGCUGUUGGAAAAUGCUAUUAUGAAGGAAAGGGUGUUAAAAAAAAUAAUAAUAAAGCUUUAGAAUAUUUAAAAAAUGCUUAUGAUAAUAAUUAUUUAAUUGUUAAAAGUUUUAUUGAUCAAUCAGCUAAAUUAGGUAGUAAAGAAGCUACUGAAAAAGUUGG